UUUCGCUGCCGUUAGGAAUGUUCGGCCAUCUUAGAUUUUUUUACGGCUACCAUGGAGCAAAUAAAUACAUAUGACGCAAAUGGCUUAAUACGGUUAUAAUUCAACUGUACAUCAAUUUGCAGAUAGGCAGGAUGUAACUGGAGUAUCAACCGAUGAUUAUAGAGUGGCAGCUUCAAGUCUUUCAAAUGUCCAUGAUGUGACAAACCAGAAAUUUGACUCUGCUGUAACCCACAUGACAACUGGGUCUGGGUACCUGUGUGAGACUGUGACAUCUAACUCAGCUCUACAGCUACGUAGUACUGGAGUGUUUCAGACAUAUAAUAUAUGAAGUAUAACAACAUACACAAGUUCUGUGUUAACUAACAGCCAGUAAAACCAGCCAUGGGGUCUGGAGCACCGCUGCUGAACGAGUACAAACAGGACUUCUUCUGGAAGCGUUUUCCCCAGACCUUGCUGGGAGGACAGAAACUCCGGCUGGGCUACGACGCCCCUGCCUACGUCUACAUCAACCAGCUGCUCCUCUUCAUGUUUCCCUGGGUCGUCGGUGGGAUAUUCACUGCCGUGGUGGAACUCACGACUUUAGACGUCUCUGUGGGCUAUUACUCCGUAGGUGGCAUCAUGGCCGCCUUUGUUCUCAUAGCACAGCUGAUCAGUUUCGUGGUGCGGCGGCAGGGAGCGACCGUCACCAGACUCGACAUCCAGAACAUCCUGGCCGAGGACGAUGAGGUCGACUUCGAGUCGUGCUGCGGAGUGGAGACGGUGGAGUUUGUUCUCCCCGGGAAAAAGUACACAGUAAACAUCAUGAUCCAUGCCCUCCUGUCGGGAGUUAUGUGUGGGUACGGGUUCUGGUACCUCGUGCCCACAACGUUAAACUCUCUGUACAACACCAACACUGCAGCCACAGUUGUACUGUUCAUAUUCGGCUGGCUGACCAUCUGUACGGCCCAGUUCUCCCUGACGGCCGCCCCACCACCUGAACCUGCCACCUUCAGGGCACAGGAUGUGUACGAGAUUACUCCACUCAUGAGGCCUUUCUUUGUUUAUGUUUUUCUCGCGUUUGACUUAGUAGCAAGAUUUCACACAUCAUUUUCGGGAGUCAACCAAGUGCUCCACGUUGUGUUCAUCUUCCUGCCGCUGUUCUGGUUACUGGGACUCCUCCCCCCGCUGGAUGCGCUGUUCUCAUGGCUGGGAGAGCAGGUCCUGGUGCUGGCACUGGGGGGUUCCCCCGCUGCUGGGGACAUCAGGUUACUGGUGAUGCUGUUGCUGUCCAGUACAACAGUAGUGAUCACAUACUUCCUGCCCUCGUCCCUGGCCAUGGUCAUCACUGCUGCCUGCUGCGGCUACCUGCUGAGCCUGGACCUCGGCACCCUGGGAAGACAGAUCCUCCGCUGGUGUCGCUCCAGCUCCAACCCAUGCAGACCUGACCAGAAACACCAGGAGGAGACCAACACCAUCGUCACUACAGGGUUAGGGUGGGGGUGGACAUGGAGGGAGUGCCUGCUGCAUCUUCUCAUGCUGGGGGUGACGGCAGCCGUGGCAGCAGUGUGCAACUACUUCUCUCAACCAGUCAACACUACAGUCCGCGAUGCCCUGGGCUACUCACUCAUAGCUUUGUUAGUUCUGCUGAAAGUCUUGCAGAGUGCACAGAGUGUAUACGUCUGUUUUGGUUUAGUUCGGAACCCCUUGUUCCCAGGGAGUGCACAGAGGAUGGGGCUCUUCAAGAAAAGGAAGAAGAUCCUGGGCUAUGUUGGAUACAUCUACAGGAUUGUGUCAACAACAGUGACUCCUCUACUGAUGGUAGCCUACACAGCCCUGUACGUGGCACCUACUGGCCUGACUGUCAACACGUUCAUACUAGCUGUGGCUGUGUGCAGAGCCCUGAGGGUGGUGUGGCAGAGAAUUACAUCUGCUCUCUUUGAGCUGGUGGUUGUCUUCAUCGUGACAAUAGCCCUGCCUACCGACGUGUGGUGGAACAGCCUGGGCCUUGGGCUGCAGCUCAUGCUGGUGGGAGCCAGCCGAGACCGGUUCCUCCAGCUCUGCAACAAGCUGUACUUUGCCCUGACAAUCCUCGUCACCUCGUGGACGGAGAAGAAGCAGCGCCGCAAAGACACGGUCCCCAUCAUCGUGCUGAACUGUGUGUUCUUCCCCGUGGUGCUUGCCAUCGUCGUGGCGGCAGCGCUGCUCUCAGCCCCUCUCCUGCCCCUCUUCACCUACCCCCUCUUCCUGUUUGGCUUCCCCCGCCCCAUGCGGUCGUGGCCGGGUCCUGUCGGUAGCUCAGCUAACGUGUGUCCGGACACGAUGUACUAUCGCCAGGUCGCUGCUGUAUUCAGCAAGGCGCUGGGACGAGCGUUUUCAAGUGGGAGUCUAGGUGACCCUGACCCUGGAUGUCACUACCUGGUGCGUUACCAGGACCGGUCCCUGUGGGUGCAGGUCCUGGAGCGGGGACAUGGCUUCUGUACCGUCAGCAUCAAAGGCCUGGAGCUGCAGGAGACGUCCUGUCACACCGUUGAGGCCACUCGGGUGGAUGACAUCUUCGAGCUCGCCUUCGAGAGAGACGGACACUCUGCGUGCGGAAUGAACUCCCACGUCUUCAACACGCUGCUGCCUUGCGAUGCCCAGCUCGUCAACACGUACUCGGACGCUCGCAACGUCCUGACAGGCAUCAUCGACUCCCAUGACAGUCUACAUCAGCUGACGUCAGACUUUGUAAAGACUCUAGUCUGGGUCUUCCUGCAUCACAACGCCAAGAAGGACUACAGCUGCCAGAGGGAUUCAGUCUCCAGACACGACGUUGUUACAGCAGAGCGUGAUGUACACAGUAGAACUGCACUUGUGCAUCCCGUUGAUGAAGAACUUAGUGAAGGCUACAGGUCCCAGCCUGCCUCCAGGAAGCAGUCCUUCUCUGGCAGCCUGCCGGACUGGUCUGACGAUGACAGCGAUAUCUUUGAAAUGGAAACUCUGGGAGACAGGAACAAGAACAAAGUCCGUUUACCAGCAGGGCUGUCGGACAAAAAGCAAACAACUAAACCAGAUGCAGCUACACCCUCCCUCCCUGGUACAAUAGAUGAUGAUGACAGCCUUCUCAAAGAGCUGGAUGGAAUAGGCUUACCUGCUACUGACACUGGGACCAAGCCAAAAUCUCAUGGCUUCCCUCAACCAGCUACACAGGCGUACAAGCCUCCUGUCAAUCUGUCUGGGUCCCUGAAGUUUACAUCACCGUACUCCUCAGCCUUGAGCUUACCUCUGAAGUGGAGAGACAUCCCCAUUGACCCAACAAGGCUGGACAGACUCAUGGACAAGUUCCCUAAGGACUGGUACCAGCAUGUCCUGUCCCUGUUGGACCUGUCUGUUAACGGGAAGACGUCAAAGCAAAUCUGUGAGGAGAUCUCUACAGACGACGUGCUGACAGGGAUCUAUGCCAGGCUGGUGGUGGCCUGCUAUGCAGUGGUGAAUGUGCUGGGACUCAGUGGCAGUGAUGCAGCAAGCAUGGGAGCCAGCCAUGUGUAUAAGGUGUACACAGAGGACAUCCCUUGGUCCCCUGACCUGGACUGGUUAAAGGAGGACUCAGAGCUCUUUCAUCUUGUUGUGAGAGCUUACAGGUAUGCUGUGAAGCUGAUGUACGACCAGGGCAGCCUGGGGCUGGUGGACGGGGAGGAGGAGUUAGUGGAGUACCUGCAGGAAUAUGACAGGGACUGGUACAUCGGCUGUGAGAAGGACACCCAGUGGGAACAAGCGGUACUGCAGGGAAAACCAAACCUCUUCUCCCUGGGCUAUGACCCAACUCAGGGAGCCUACACAGGGCGAGUCCUGACCCAGCAGGAGGUGGUGACUCACAUCGGCCAGCUGAGUGGGGAGGCUGUCCGCGGCCAGUGGGCAUCGCUGUCACUAGAGCUGCUGUACUUCACCAACGAUGACGAGGAGAGGUACAGUAUCCAGGCUCACCCCACCCUCCUCAGGAACCUGACAGUACAGGCAGCAGAUCCACCGCUCGGGUAUCCUGUCUACUCCUCACAGCCUACAGGGGUACCUGUGCUGUAACACUGUGGAGAAUGUUCCUCUCAAACACUUUUUUGUUUGUGUUAGGCCACACCAAUUUACUUGCUUGGUUCUUGGAUCUAAAAAAAAAUAUGCUUAACUCAUUAAUAGAAAAACAUAACGAAAAUGAAGCCUGAGGACCAGGUUUAUGCCUUCAUGCACUCUGUUUUAUGGGGUAAAUACUUAUAGUCAUAUUCAAGCUCCUCCUAAAGUGCUUUCAUGAUGUGUGCUUGAGAACCAAGGAAAUAA